CGUCAAACGGGACUGUUUGUUCUAGAUUUGGGGCGAGGAAGGUCUGCGAGCGCUGACAACCGACUGAAGAAGAAAAGAGAGAGCUGUUAAGAACCUUUUUAACAACUUGUAAUGAGGACCUGAAGAAGACCAUUCAGCAGUGAUCAGGGGAAAGAAAUCGCUCACAGCAUUAGAAAGGCAGUCAUGGUGUUUUUUAAGUAUUGACUGAUUGUUUGACAUUUCUAAAAAGAUCUAGAAAGGAAAGUUACACACUGUGAAAUACUUAAAGGUAGAUUACAUAAGCAUAGGGGCAAAGCAAUGUUGCAGCUAAUUUACGGCGUCUAUACACUUUAUUUACUAAAAAUAUAAUGUAAGGGUCCAUUGUGCUGCGGUAUAUUCGUGUGUGUGAAAUAGUGUAGUUAGAUUUUGAUUAGUUGGGAUAGAAAGGGUAUAUAAAUUGGCUUUUAUGUGUAUCACAAACUUCAUGCCACCCCUGCAUUAGAGGGGCCUCAGUUGGGCAGCCCCAUUUAAAAAAAAAAAAAAAAAAAAGAAAUCUGUAUGCGCCCCUAUUUAUCAAGCUAACAUGCUUGCAAGCACAUCAUGUUCCUCUGGCCAGCAGCAGGACUGAGGGUUCUGUUGACGGGACAGAGGGGGCAACAACAGAAGGACAGGAACUCAGCUUUCACCAAGGUGUGACACUUGGCCUCUAACCUGUGUGUUGUGGUGUCCUUGCACACACACGUCCCACUGACCGACCUCCGGUGUUACGUCUCGGAAUCGCCACCUCACCGACUGAGAAAUGAUCACCCAAUAGGAAUAGACCACAGCUGUAAAGCAUCAAACAUAGAGUCGAGUAAGGAGAGUAAUGGCCUGAGGGGGGCUCCCCCCAGUCCCACCUGCCCCUGCCAGGUCCAAUCUGCCCAACCUGUCGGCUCAGCAACUGAAACCCCGCUUUGCUAUGGGAGACGGACUGGAGGCAGGCAGCAGCCAGAACCCUCCCUCUGCCCCACCCCCUCUCUCUUUCAACCCGCCACCCCCCGAAACAUGGAACCCCUCCAGACCCAAACGACAGACCAACCAGCUACAGUUCCUGCUCAAAGAGGUGUUGAAGACAUUAUGGAAACACAACUUCGCAUGGCCCUUCCAGAGUCCUGUAGAUGCCAUCAAACUCGGUUUACCUGACUACUAUAAGAUCAUCAAGAUCCCAAUGGACAUGGGCACGAUAAAAAAACGUCUGGAGAACAACUACUACUGGAACGCCCAGGAGUGUAUCCAAGACUUCAACACAAUGUUCACUAACUGCUACAUCUACAACAAGCCUGGGGACGACAUUGUCCUGAUGGCCAAGACAUUGGAAAAGGUCUUUCUUCAUAAGAUCACAGAGAUGCCGCAGGAGGAGAAGGAGAUCGCUGUGGUCACCAAGGGACGCCGAGGGGGCAGACGGGAGACAUCUCUGAUAUCCAAGUCUGAUUCAGGACAAGACUCAUCCUCCCCCUCCACCACCCCCCAUACAAGAGGCUUCUCUUCCCCUUCUACGACCCCACAGACCCGCGUCGUGCCCGCUGCCCAAGCCCCUCCCCCCCUGACCCUGCCUCCAGUCCUGCCCCUGGCCCAACCUCUGACACAGCCUCUGAUCCAGCCUCAGCCCCCACGUGUGCCUCCUACACCCGCCGCCCAUGCACCGCAUCUGGGACCCUCUUUUCCCCUCUCAACUCCUGACGUCCUAGCACAGGGAAUAACGUCUGUUCUCUCUUCGGCCUUGAAAAACCAAGGUCUCCAUCAGGCGGCCCCGUUGCUGCAGAGCUCCCCCGCACUUGUUAAGCAUCAAAGGAAGAGCCAGAAGAGGAAAGCUGACACCACCACACCCACAGCCAACGACCAGCUCAGUGAAUCAUCUCCUGUCUCUGCUGAGACUCGGCCACGUCGAGAAAGCAUUCGCCCACCCAAGCAACCCAAAAAAGAAACGUCGCAGCCAGACUCCCAGCACCACCUGGGAGGAGUUUUAGAGACCGGGGGGACUGUGACGCAGAAGCGACAGGACCAGAUACGUUCCUGUGGACGCCUCGUCAAAGAGAUGCUAUCCAAGAAGCACGUAGGAUAUGCCUGGCCCUUUUACAAGCCUGUAGAUGUUAAAGCUUUAGGUCUCCACGACUACCAUGACAUCAUCAAACACCCAAUGGACCUCAGCACCAUCAAGAAAAAGUUGGACAGCCGACAGUACAGAGACGCUCAAGAAUUUGCUGCAGAUGUCCGGUUGAUGUUCUCAAACUGUUACAAGUACAAUCCCCCUGACCAUGAUGUGGUCGGCAUGGCACGCAAAUUACAGGACGUGUUUGAGAUGCGUUUUGCCAAAAUGCCCGAUGAGCCAGAGGAGCUCGUCCCUGUUCCCACCCCGUCAACGGCCCUCCACCCUGCCCCCUCCACUCGACAAGUCCCGCCUCCUUCUGCCGUCUUUGAGGACGAAAGCUCCACUUCCUCUGAAUCGGAGUCCUCGGGGGGAGACUCGGAGCAUGAAAGGCAACAGCGAUUGGCGGAGUUACAGGAACAGCUUAAAGCCGUUCAUGAGCAGCUGGCAGCUCUUUCCCAACCUCCAGUCAGUAAGCCCAAGAAGAAAGAGAGGGAGAAGAAGGAGAAGGAGAAGGAGAAGGAGAAGAAGAAAGAAAAGUACAAGAAGAAGAGUGGACCAGAGGAGCCUGUGGAGAGCCCUCCCCAUGUGACUAUUCAGACUUGUAAGAAAAACAAGAGCAGCAAGGAGCCAAUAGUUACAAAGAAGGAAAGGAAAAAGCCUGGUAAGAAAGAAGGAGUUAAAAACAGCCGCCCAGCUGUGGCCCUUCCACCCGGGCCGACCCCUCUGGUCCCUUCGGCCGCUCUUGAAGCAGAGGAUGACGUGGAUGUGUUUGGGGCGGGAUCCGCUGAAAGGGGCAAGCCGAUGUCGUAUGAGGAGAAGCGCCAGCUGAGCCUGGAUAUCAACAAGCUGCCCGGUGACAAGCUGGGCCGCGUUGUGCACAUAAUCCAGACACGAGAGCCAUCACUGAAGAACUCCAACCCAGACGAGAUAGAGAUCGACUUUGAGACCCUGAAGCCCUCCACGCUGAGAGAGCUGGAGAAAUACGUCUCCAGCUGCCUCAAGAAGAAGAAGAAGCUGUCAGCAGAGAAGCCUUCGGAAAUGUCAAACAUGACAAAAGUGAAGACCGAGACAUCAUCUUCUGGCAGCAGCGACUCCUCUGAUAGUGAAGACUCUGAGAAUGGGCUGGUUCCCAAGCAGCAGAAGAAGAACUCAAUUAACAGAGAUGCAAAGAGACCGCUACUCCAGGAGCUGAGCAGCGGAGUGGCCCCAGUUGUUCCACAGCCUCCCAUUCAGCCUCAGGUUGUCCAGGCCAAACCACGAUUUGUCCCUCCUCCCCCGGUCACCGUCUCUGGCCCGUCUCUGGACUCCCAGCUGCUGGGCUCUGGAUUCGAUCCCCUAGCUCACUUCAUGAAUCCUCACCUGGCGCAGUCCAACUCGGAGCCAAAUCCGAACAUUACUCCUGCCGGUGCCCCAGUCCCAUCCCGCCCCCUCAACGCAAACACACCCACUGGCCAGACACCCACUGAGACGCACCCUUUCCUCAACCAACACCCCAUCAUACCUUCACCAGCGAUCCACAAUGCUCUUCCCCCACAACCCUCAAGACCUAGCCACCGAGCAGCCCCACUCCCUCCUAAAACCCCCCAGCCUGCCCCAUCAUCGCUCCCCUCCCUGCCUCCAUCGUCCUCACCUCAGCUUCAGCCCUCGCUUCCACUUUCCCUGCCCCAGCCCGUUCCCCGACCCCGCGUCCCUUCACCCCCAUCCCACGGCAUCUUGGGCACCCUCUCGGCACAACCGCCCCAAGCCCUGCUGGAGGAUGACGAUGAGCCGACGCCCCCCAGCUCUGAAAACACGCCCCUCAGUCAGGUUCACACCUUCCUGCAGUCGCUCCAGGUUCGACCUCCUGCGCAGACGCUACACACGCUCACUCAUUCGCCCGUGCAGGGCGCCUCUCAGCUCAUGCAGUCAAUAAACGCACAGUCUGUGACCACAUCGAACCCCACCCUGACACAAAGACACAGCUCGAGCCACGCACAUAUGCGACAGCCCUUCCCACAUAUGAACACGUCAACGCCACAGCAGCAGAAGGGGGUCGCCCUGCAGCAGAAGGUGCAUCAGAUGCAGCAAAUUCAACAACAUCUUUCGCCACGCAUCAAAGCGGAGCCUUUUGUAGCCGGUGGCCUGCGUGAAAGCCCUUCUCCCCUGAUGAUGCAUUCUCCACAGAUGCCUCAGUUCCACACAAUGGGACAGCAGUCACCCUCACAAACAAAGAAACAUGAGCAGAGAUCCAACCUUGUCGGGGUCAAAGAAGAGAAACCUUCCCAUUCGCCUGUUCUACCCCCCUCGCCCUUCAGCCCUGUCAUGCGUCAAGACACACACAAACCUGACCACAAACACAGAUUAGACUCAAAGUCGUUGGAUAACUCUCGAGCUGGUUCCCGCCUCACAGACUCCCCAGUAACGCCUUGCCCUCAGCAAGACAUCAAAAUCAAACAAGAGCCCAAAACUCCUGUUGCUGCCAAGAAGACACAGGAUGUGAAGUUGAAGAACAUAGGCUCCUGGGCGAGCCUGGCUCAGAAGCCUCAGUCCACGCCAGCCUCCUCUGUGCGCUCCUCCAGUGACAGUUUUGAACAGUUCAGACGAGCCGCCAAGGAGAAGGAGGAGAGAGAGAGACAGCUGAAAGCACAGGCUGAGCAGGCCAGGAGAGAGCAAGGGAAGCUACGCCGUGACGAUGAUGACACCAUGGAGCAGGCUCGUCGGGUGCAAGAAGAUACCCGCCGUCGCCAGGAGCAGCAGUCACCACUGGCUCCCACACCUCCAGCUUCUACCCCACCUACUCACUCUCCACAGGCUCCGCCCCCUCCGCAACAAGCUCCGACUCCGCCCUCCUCAGCCGACCAGAGGGAGAUGGCACGUCGUCGCGAGCAGGAGAGGCGCAGGAGAGAGGCGAUGGACACCAUUGAUAUAAACUUUCAGAGUGACCUGAUGGCCAUCUUUGAAGAAAACCUGUUCUGAUCAGGGAAAUGCAGACGGUGGGAGUGAGAGAAGGAUCUUUGGACACACAUUUACAAACAUGCAUAUAAAACCACAAAGCUCUGAAACACAGUCACUGCUCUCAUACACACACACACACACACACACACACACACACACACUCAUGUAAACACAGACUUGGUAGUAGCUGUCCCUUUCUCUCAGUAGUUGAAACAGCUGGCUUGUGUCAUGUGAAUGAGAGGUGAGGGAAGUGACAUUGAAAUAAGCAACCCUCUUUCUCCAAUGUCGGAUACGUUUUGGUGUCUGGCUUGGUGUUCAUGGUUGUUGGACAGUGAAAUCAUCAGAUAGUCAGCUCCCUCAAGGAAACAUACAAGAAAAGCCGAAUAAAACAGAGGGGACAGAACUUUUACAUAGAAAAUUAAUUGUUUAAUUUAAGGAAAUCUAUGAAACCUUGUUCUUUAAAUUUGUGAGUGGAGAGAAGGAGGUGGAGAAAGGAACAGGCGAACAAAUUUACAAACAGACAUCACUGUUUUACUCUUUUUUCCUAAUCUCUUUUUAUUUUUGGAUUUUAACCGAUGCUGGUGGGCUCUAGUCUGUCGGGCACCUGAGAGUGGGUUGUUUUUCUCUCAGGACUCAGUGGGAACGCAACACACACGGCCACAUACAUUUUCUGAUCCACCCCUCCUCCCUUCACUUCUCCUCUCUCUCUCUCUCUCUUCAGUCAAUAACUGGAGGGAUGGAGGCGUCACUGAUACUCAAAUAUUCGAUGGAGAUUAGGAAGGGGAGCGGUCGUUUAGAACGUCUCAGAGUUCGUCCUUUGCCUUAGCGCUCUGGCCUGUAAACUAACAAUCGUACCCAACAAAUUAUACAUAUUAUAUAUAUGAAUAGAUACAUGAAUAUAUAUUAUAUACGACUUAACGUCAACGCGAAAGAGCAUGAGAGAAAUUAGGAUUUCGGGGGGGAGCAAAGCUCGCCUCUUUGUUCAUCUCGGAGCUCUGGUUUUGAUUUUGUAGAAUUUACUGUAAAGAAGAAGAAAGAACUUUUUUUAUAAUUCUAUCAAGAGGAUUGUUUCAUCUGUUUUAUUCUCUCUCAUACCUUUUUUGUUUCUGUUUAUUUCUUCUCGACUCUAUGCCAAAACCAAUCUAUUGAGUGCUGAAAGUUCAUUCACAUUUUUUACGUUUUAAGAUGCAUCUUCUUUUCACUUUAUAUUAAAGGCUACGUUUUUAUCGCUAUUUAAUUAUUCCUUUAUCCCCUUUUCAAUCUGAAAUUAUGCAGAAGUUUGCUCUGUGAUAGUUUAAAGAAGAUCAUUACUGUAUGUCACUACUCUACUUAAACCCCAUCACUAUGUGUACAAUAUCUGCACUUAAAUUGUCAUUACUUGCAUCUUUUUUUUUUAGAAAUGUCCUUUCAUCAUGUACAUGUUUUUAGUCUUUCUAAGCGUCUUAUCCUUCAAACGGCUUCACUCUGUCAUAGGUUCUUGUUUGUCAUCUUCCUGUCUUUUAUUUUGAAAAUCUUUCAUCGUCCAUGCUAACUCAUUUGGGAUGUUGUGUGCCAUUGUGUUUUUGUGGAAGCAGGACAUUCGCCUGAUUUUCUUAGGUUGGCCCUGAGAUCUGAGUGUUUUCAAUUCUUUAAUUGCUUUUUUUUUUUUAAUGUUACAUUUAUUUCUUUUCCCCUUUUCAUAUUUGAUUGUUUUGAGGUUUCCCCCCCCCCUUUGCUAUUUUACCCAGAACAACCUGUUGGUAUGUUGGUGAGUGAGGCAUUGAGGUCAAUAGAUUCAUCUUGUUCAGAUCAUGGAGUACAGCAUCUUUUUUUAAGAAAAGUAUUAAAAAAUAAUGUGAAAAAAAAUUC